AUGGCUAGCUUUCUACGCGGGAAGCAGGCAGGCAUGCAGAAUGACCUGUCGGCUGGUAUACUCCCUGGGAGCUUUUCGCCCGAUGAACAAUCGCGCUAUGGCAUCAACUCGCAGCUCAGGUUCGUUCAACACUGUCUCACCUACGAACCCGUCCAGUCUCUCCUUGCCGUCGGCACAAACGAAACGAAGUUUGGCCCUGGCAAGAUAUACGUCUUCGGGCAGAACCGCGUCCAGAAGUUCAUCCAGCCCUCGCGUCCUGAUUCUAUCCGCCAGCUGCAGUUCGUCGCGAACCGCCUGGUCAGCCUCGACAGCAAGGGCGAAUUGACGGUAUGGGACCUCGACACGGCCGAGCGCGUUGCUGGGUUCGUGGCCGGAGGCGCCGUCACCUGCCUCUUGACAGAUCCCAUGUUGGAUUGGGCUUUUCUGGGCAUGGCGAGCGGGGACAUCGUUGCCUAUGACCUCGACAGGGAACGUGUGUCACCCUUCCGGAUCCCGAACUUCUGGAGGAAAAAGGACCCCGAGGCCAGGUCCAUCAGUCUAGUGGGCAUGCAGCUUCAUCCUCGAGAUAUCGGGAAGCUCUUGAUCGCCUACUCGCAUGGCGCCGUCAUCUAUUCGUUCAAGCAAAACCAGCCGGUAAAAUUCCUCGAAUAUCAAGUGCCUCCAGGAGCCCGGGGAGGUAACUCGGAAGGCUUAGAUACUCUACGGAAGCCGAGACUGUCGCACGCCGUCUGGCAUCCAACCGGCACUUUUGUUCUCACUGCUCACAAUGACGGGAGCCUCGUCUUCUGGGAUCCAAAGGACGGAAGGGUCGUCAUGGCAAGGUCGCUCUCUGAACUGAGAGUCGACCAGGUGACCCCGCAGCCAGGCCAUCCAACCCUAGUCGAACCUUUUGUCAAGGUUGCCUGGUGUUGCAAGGAGAACCCCGAUGAUACCGGGCUUCUCAUUGCCGGGGGCCAUGCGGUGGAUGCUCCUCAGAAGGGUCUAACCUUUCUUGAACUCGGCCAGACGCCCAUAUAUGCGACGGCGUCGUGGGAAGUGCUCGCGAAUCAUUUCCAGGGAAAGCGCCGCCUCACCCUUCAAACCCCGCUUGGUGCCCAGGUAACUGACUUCUGCCUGGCUCCCCGCACAACCCCUCAUUUUGCGGGCGCACAGGACCCUAUUGCCAUCUUCGCCAUGCUUUCUUCGGGAGAAAUGAUCACCAUGAGCUUCCCUUCCGGAUACCCGAUCAGCCCUACCAAUCAGCUUCCCCCCUCCCUCUCCUUUGUUCACCCAUUCGUCACCAAGGUUGCUGUUUCGACGCUAGAUCGCGGCCGAUGGCUUGGCAUGAUCGAGACCAGGAGCCAAGGAGAAAAGUUGCUCAAGGGAGGUGCGGAGGCAGUGAAGCCUCGCAGGAGAUACGAGGGCCGCAACGUCAUUCAAGUUGCGCAUGCAGAUAGCACCGUCCGCAUAUGGGACGUGGGGCACGCAGAUGAGAUAGAAAACCAGAAUCAACUCCAGGUGGACAUUGCGCGGGCUCUCAACAGAUACGAGGACGUCGACAUCACGGCCAUGGAUAUGGCCGAGCUGACAGGCGAGUUCGCGGCUGGGACACGGUCCGGCGAAGUCGUCAUCUACCGUUGGGGACCGAAUAAGUACUACGGCCGGGACGGGCCCAAGCAGCUUGAUCCUAAUCCCGGCGGCCUCUCGGAUAUCAGCUCGCGCGCCGAACCAUCACUGAAGGAUGGCCUCCAACCGUUCGUCCUUUACGAGAUGAUGCAGGGACCGGUCAGCGUAAUAUCCGUCUCAGACGUUGGCUUCGUUGCUGUCGGUUCCGAGACGGGUUUCUUCAGCAUUGUCGACCUCAGAGGGCCGGCUGUUAUAUACCAGGCAUCCAUGGCAGACUUUGCCAGGCGGGAGAAACGGACGUCUUUCCUGAAGAGCCACUCGAGUGCUUCUGCAUCGAAGGAGUGGCCUGUCGUCAUCGAGUUUGGAGUUAUGACUCUCGAGGGGGACAGCUACUCCAGCAUAGCUUGCUUCGUGGGCACAAACCAAGGCCGGAUUGCUACCUUCAAACUCCUACCGUCCGCGCAAGGUUACAGUGUGAAACUCGCCGGAAUCGCGCAGCUGAAUGAUAAGGUUGUCGCCAUUUGCCCGAUUGUCGCGGAGACAGGCUCUCCGGCUGCCGCUACUGGCCCAAUCGUUGCUGGCCUUCGCAAUGGCCAGCAUGUCAACGGUAUCCUCGUUGCCGUGACGCAGACCGAGGUCCGCAUUUUCAAGCCUGCUGCGGCAAAAGGAGCCUCAAAGUCCUUCGACGACGUCUUCUGCGACGCAGCUGCCGUGACCGAGUUUGAGCUUCACGGCUUUGCCGUCGUCGGGGUCUUUGGCGACCGGACCGCUCGGGCCUAUUCUCUACCAGGGCUGAAGGAGCUCGGCCGUGCUCCACUCCCCAUGCUCGACGCUUCACGAACUACUGCUUCCAUCGUGGCCCAAACGGGGGACAUCUUCGGCUGGACGGGCCCGAGUGAGCUGGCCAUCCUGCCUGUUUGGGGUGGCACAGGCAAAGGGUUGCAGACCCCCCAAGACACGAUGAUCAACCCCGAGCUGGCGGUACCGCCACGCCCGACAAUCAGUAACUUCCAGUGGGUCAGCGGAACGCAGUACGUCAGCCCAACGGACCUCGACCUGCUUAUUGGCGGCCCAGGCCGCCCACCUAGCAAGCGAAUGAUGGCUGCGGCUGCGGCCGAGCAACGACUAGCCCGGGGAGGGGCGGGCAGCUCCUCGGCCGGGGGAAGCCAGGAGGGCUGGGGAGACUACCUCACCAGACAGUUGAAUGAGCGGACCGAAAAGCUGAACAUCAUGUCCGACAACAUGGAUAAUCUCCAAGAGCAGAGCGCAGGCUGGGCCGAUGAUGUGAGCAAGUACGUCAAUCGGCAGAAGAGGAAUGUGCUGCUCGGUGGUAUCACAGGGAAGUUUUUCUAG